UGAAACAAAAUGGCGGCAGCUACCUGCAGAUUAGUGACUUUAGAUGUAACUGGUACUUGUAUAAAAGUCAAUGGGAGUGUUGGCUCUCAUUAUGUGAGGCAUGUUUACAGGCACACUGGAGUGAAGCUUGAUGAGAAGACUGUUGAGAAAGAGUUUAGAUUGCAGUUUAAAGAAAUGGACAGAGACUAUCCUAAUUUUGGUUGCUAUUCUGCAAGCAUGAAUUGCAAGAUGUGGUGGGAUACAGUGGUAGAAAAGACUCUAAGAGGCUCUGGAUAUGUGGACAAUACAAAUAAUAUGGUCAAUAUAUGCCAUUCACUUUAUACUGAUUUCAGUACUAAACAAUGCUGGAGUAUCUAUGAUGAUCUUUGGCCCUUCAUUAAGCGCAUUAAAAACUCAUCAAAAACAGUUAAACUUGGAGCUAUUUCUAAUUUUGAUGAAAGAUUAGAAACAAUACUCGAGGGUUUGGGUCUGAGGGAAUUCUUUGAUUUUGUCCUAGUUUCGUAUAAUGAGAGAACUCAUAAACCUCAUCCACGGUUAUUUUAUAAAGCGCUAGAUAUAUCAAAAGCAUCAGAAUUAGAAGCAUGGCAUAUUGGAAAUGACUACGUUCGAGAUUACCAGGCUGCCACCAGUGCUGGUUUAAAUGCAGUACUCUUGCUAAGAGAAGGAGAAGUAAAGUUAAAGAAGGACCUAAUAAUGUAGCAAGAACCUUGGAAACUGCAUUGGAUUUCUUGAAUAUUCCAUGAGUCUACUCCUUGCUCCAACAGUUGAUUUGUUUCCGUGAGCCCAGUUAGCUCAGUCGGUAGAGCAUCAGGCUUUUAACCUGAGGGUCAGGGGUUCGAGUCCCCUACUGGGUGUCGCUUUUUUUUUUGUUUUUUUUUUUAAUUUUUUUUUCGAAAAAAAUAAAGUAGAAGUGAAAUCAAUCUUUAUUUUCAGU